AUGAUAACAAACACUCCCUUACAGUUUUCUGUACUAUGGGCUUCAAUAUUAUCAUGGAUAAAUAUUUCAAGUCCGUUGAUUUUAUUUGGACUAUAUUAUGGAUUUCUUACAACACUGCCUAUUGGCCCUUCUCAAAUUUUAUCUAUACGAGCUUUUCUUUUAGAAGGAAAUCUUAGUGGUACUGUGGCUGUAAGUGGUUUAAUUUUAGGACAAUUAAUAAUAUUUUUAUCAAUAUAUUAUUCGCCUCUUUAUACACUUUUAUUAAAACCCCAUACAGUAACUUUAUUAGUUCUACCGUAUCUUUUAUUUUAUUGGUAUCGAAUUAAAGACCUUUUAGAUUAUCAAUCUUUGCGCCCUAUCAAUUCAAUUAAAGACUCUCGAAUUUAUAAAAUAUUUUUUGAUAGUUUUAUUUUUCAAUUAUUAAACCCUGUUCUUUUACCAAGCCCUAUAUUAGUCAGAUUAAUUAAUCUUUUUUUUUUUCGUUACAGUAAUAACUUUUUAUUUGUUUUAAGCUGCUUUUUUGGCUGGUUAAGUGGUCAUCUUUUUUUCUUUAAUUGUAUUAAGUUUCUUUUAAUUCGAAUAGAAAAAGAUUCACCUAUACUUUAUCUUUUGGUCAAACGGAUAAUUUAUCGAACAUUUAGUAUUUUUGUUUUAGCUUGUAUUUUAUUAUAUUUAGGCAGAGCUCCAGUACCUUUCUUUACUAAAAAAUUAAAUGAUGAACUUCAAUUUAAUAAAUCUGGUUUUUUAUGGUUAAAUAAACCUUGGCCUACUUUCUUUUUUGACUAUUAUCGAUGGAAUCGCCCAUUCCGCUAUAUUGAAAAUAAUCGAUUUACUAAUAAAAGUCCUGUAAAAAAAAGUGUUUCUCAAUAUUUUUUUAAUAUAUCUUUAAGCGAUGGAAAACAAAAAAUAUCUUUUACAGCUUUACCAAGUUUAUCCAUUUUUGAAAAAGAUUUAAAAACUUAUUUAAAUAUUUCCACAAAUAAUAAUAAUUUAUAUAAGAAUUGGCUUGAUACUAAAAACGAAAGAAAAGAUAAUUUACUUUAUGAAUUAGAAAAUAGAAUUCAAGCUUUAGAUAAUGGUUUAGUAAUAAAAGAAGUUAUAGAAAAAAAAACUAGUUUAUCUAAUAAUGAAGGAAUUAAUUUAACAAAAAUUAACGAUCCUUUUUUAAAUGGAUCGUUCCGAGGAAAAGCCAUAAUAACAAAAUCACCUUGGCUUUUAAAAGAGAAUUCUUAUAAAUUAAAAAAAAAUAGAAAAAUAGUAUAUUUAAAAGAAAAUAAACUUAAAAUUUGGAUUUCUAAUCGUUGGAGAGAAUUAAGACGAAAAAAUUUACCAUUACCUUGGGAACCGCUAAACAAAAAUGCUCGUCGCAGUUUGGUUUUACUUAUUCAAGGAUCAAAAAAUAAAAAACUUAAAAGAAAAUUACAGCAAAUUCAUUUUUCCGAAGAACAAGCACUUAUUAAUUUAACUAAACAAACUAACAUUUCUGAUUUAACUGAAAAAUUAGAAAAUAAGCAUCUUUUAAAUAAAAAAUUUACUAAAAUAUCUCAUUUUAAUUGGGAACUUGUUUUAAAUUUAUCUCCUCGACAAAGAGCGGUUUAUUUUAAAGAAUUAGAAUACGAAAAAUGGCAAAUAUUAGUACGUUCUUGGAAAAAUUUAUUGUCAGUUAAUUCUAUUAAUUCUACUCAACUAAACAAAUUUAUUUUGUUAUUAAAAAAAUUAUUUACUUUUCAUAAAAAAUUUGCACUUCAAGAAAUUUCAAAAGAAUUACCACGAUGGACUUCCAAAUUACGAAAUGAUAAAUUUGAUGUUAUAGCUAUUGGAAUUACUGAUAUUCGUCAAAGAAAAGUAAAAAAUUUAGGAUAUCUUAUAAAAGGAAAAGAAAAAAGAAGAAAAAUUGUAAGACGCUUUUCACAACAAUCAGAUUUUCGUCGGAGAUUAGUAAAAGGUUCUAUGCGCUCUAGAAGACGUAAAACUUUAAUAUGGAAAAUUUUACAACUUAAAACACAUUCUCCGUUUUUUUUAAGAAUAAAUGAAAAACAUAUUCCAUUUCAAAUUUCAUUAAAUAAAUUAAAUUUAAUUGACGUUAAACAUAUUUUUAAAAAUCCUGUAGAAAAACAAAAAAAAAUAGCGCUUUUUCCAACUAAAAAUAAUGUUACUUUAAAAAAGAAAACAAAAGCAGAUCGUCUUGCAAUAGCAAAUAGGUGGGAUUUUCCUUUAGCUCAAUGGGGAAGAAGUUGGUUGUUACUUAUUCAGUCAUAUUUUAGAAAAUAUUUAAUAUUACCUAUAUUAAUAAUAUCUAAAAAUAUUAUUCGUUUAUUAUUAUUUCAAACUCCUGAAUGGAGUGAAGAUUGGAAUGAUUGGAAUAAAGAAAUGUACAUAAAAUGUACUUAUGAUGGUAUUGAAGUUUCAGAAAAAGCAUUGCCAGAACAAUGGCUUAGAGAUGGUCUUCAAAUAAAAAUUAUAUAUCCUUUUAUUUUAAAACCAUGGCAUAAUCUUCAACUUGAAACAAAUAUAAAAAAAAAUUUAAACGAUUUAAUGAAUACGAAUGAUAAUUUUUCUACAAAUAUUAAAAAAAAAAAAAUUAAGUAUAGUUAUUUAACAGCUUGGGGUUUUGAAACAAAUGCACCAUUCGGAGAUAUUAAAAAAAAACCUUCGUUUUGGAAACCUAUUCGUAAAGAAUUAAAAAAAAAAUGGAAAAAAAAUAUUUUAUUAAAUUUUAAUAAAAUUUAUUCUAAAUUUUCUUUAGUAAAAAAAAAAAUUACUAAUAAUUCUAAUAAUUCUAUUAAUAAUGAAUCAAAAGAUUUAGUAAAAGAAAAUAUUAAAAUUAAUAAUAAUUUGAAAUUUAAUUUAACUAAUAAAAAUUACAAUAAAAAGUUACCAGAGCAAAUUUCAUCUAAAUUUAGCCAAACUAUUUUAUCUGAAAAUCAAAUUAAAAAUAAAUAUAAAAUUUCAACCAAUAUACAAAAAUUAGAAAAUUUAAAAUUUUUAAAAAAAUCUAAAAUUGAAAAAAUAACUAAAAAAAUUAAUUUUGAUAAAAUAGAAUUUUUUAAUAAAUUAAAUAACGAUAACAAAGUUUAUUUCACUAAUAAACAAAAAAAAAUUGAAAAUAAACAAAAACUUAUAAAAUAUUAUAAAAAAAAUAUUUCAUUAGUAAACAAAUGGUCAUAUUUUUUCAAAUUAAAUUUUAAUAAAAUAAAUAAAAACUUUUUUCAAUUUUCUAUUAAUAUUAUUCGAUUUAAUAUUAAUUUAAUAAGUAAAAUUCAACAAAACUUAAUUUUAAUCAAAAAUCGAAAAAUUUGGAAUCCUUUAAAAGUUUCUCAAAUUAAUCAGAAAAAAGAUAAAAUUAAUUAUAAAUAUUCAAAUGAUUUUGGUGAAAAAAUACAAAGUUUAAAAAUUAAUGUUAAUCAAGAAAAUAUUUUAUUAAUGUCUCAAGCAUAUUUAUUUCAUAAAAUUUGGCAAAUAGAAAAAACAAAUAAUAAAUGUGAUUUUAAAUAUUUACUUAAAAAUUGGACAUCAAAUUCAGUUAUUAAAAAAAAAAUAAAUCGAAAUUUGAAAAAAAUGGAUCUUAAAUUUUUAAAAGAACAAAAUUGGAAAAAUUGGUUACAAAAUUUUAAUAAAUAUAAUUUAUCUUCCCAAGUAUGGUACAAACUAGCACCACAAAAAUGGAGAAAUCAGAUUAAUUAUCAAUGGAAAGGAAAAGAACAAAAUAAUUUAAAAUUUUCAGAAAAACAAAUAAAAGCUUUAACUUUAUCUAAAGAAAAAACGUUUUUUUACAAAUUAUUUAUAGAUUCUUUAUUAGAGCAAAAUAGAAAAAUAAGUAAAAGAUAUAAAUAUAACUAUUUAUGCUAUAGUUAUCUUGAUUUUAAAAAACAACCAAAUUUUCUAGAAUCAACAAAAAAUAAAAAAGAAAGUUUAUUUAAUAAUGAAAUUUUACAAAUAUCUAAAAAUCAAGUAAAUAAUAAUUAUAAACAAGAUAUUUCUCUAAAAUCUAAUUUAAUUUUAUGGCUAAUUCCAACACUUACAGAAAAAAAAUAUAUAAAUAAAAUUGAAACAAUAAAUAGAAAUAACAUUUCGUUGCUAAAAGAAAAAAAUAAAAAGAAUAGUCGAAAUAAAAAAACUCUUCGAGAAAGAGAACGCCAUGAAACUAUUCGUCAAUGGAAAUGGAAAUCAAAAAAUAUAGAAAAAAGAUUCAAAGAAUUAGGAGAUAUGGCUUCUCUUAUGACUUUUAUGCAAGAUCAAGAAAAUAGUGUUUCUCUUUCUGCUAAAAUGCGUGAAAACUUAGAUUUAUUUCGUCUUCUGUUUUGUAGAGAUGUAGGCGUAAAUAAAUUAACAAUUAAUUCAGAACACCGUUUACCACGUGUACUUGAUGAUCAAAUUUUAAUGUACAAAGUAAUAAGUCUUUUUUUGAAAUCAAAAAACAGAUUUAAAAAAAAUGUAAAUAUAACAAACUUUAAUUUAUCUACAUCACGUAUAGAAUUUUUUCAAAAUAAUAAUCAAAACAAUAACUUUAAUUUAAUUAAUUUAGAAGAUAUUAUGCUUUUAAAACAUCGAAAAGAAUUAAAAGUAUUAAAUCUUUUAAAUUUAAAACAAAAUACAAAUCAAAUUUUAAAUUUUAAUAAAGUAAUUUUAAAAGAAAAUAAAAGAAAACGAAUUGAAUUAAACAAAAUUCAAAAUAAAAAUCAAAAUUUAACAAUUAAGCAUUUUCUUUGGCCUACUUUUCGAUUAGAAGAUUUAGCAUGUGUUAAUAGAUUUUGGUUUAAUACAAGUAAUGGAAGUCGAUUUACUAUGCUAAGAAUUCGUAUGUAUACUUAA